AUGGCCUCUGUUGCCACUAGCGGCGCUCCCGCCAACGGCGGCGCCGGACAGUACGACCACAGUCGUGUCGCGCAGUUCAUCGGCUCCAACCCGAUUGGCGUCGCUCCCUCCGGUCGGGUAACCGACUUUGUCAAGUCCCAGGGCGGUCACAGUGUUGUGACCAAGGUCCUUAUUGCCAACAAUGGUAUCGGUGCCGUCAAGGAAAUUCGUUCCGUCCGCAAGUGGUCUUACGAGACCUUUGGCUCUGACCGCAUGAUCGAGUUCACUGCCAUGGCCACCCCCGAUGACCUGCGUAUCAACGCCGAGUACAUUCGUAUGGCCGACCGCUACGUCGAGGUUCCCGGCGGAAGCAACAACAACAACUACGCCAACGUCGACCUCAUUGUUGACGUUGCCGAGCGCGCUGGCGUCCACGCCGUCUGGGCUGGUUGGGGUCACGCGUCGGAGAACCCCCGUCUCCCCGAGCUCCUCGCCAAGUCCAAUAUCAUCUUCAUCGGUCCCCCCGGUUCCGCCAUGCGUUCGCUUGGUGACAAGAUUUCGUCGACCAUUGUCGCUCAGUCGGCCGACGUCCCCUGCAUGCCGUGGUCCGGUACCGGCAUCGCCGAGACCGAGCUCUCUCCCCAGGGUUUCGUUACUGUCCCCGACGUGGCCUACCAGGAGGCCUGCGUCAACUCGUGGGAGGAGGGUCUCGCCCGCGCCGAGACCAUUGGCUACCCCGUCAUGAUCAAGGCCUCUGAGGGUGGUGGUGGUAAGGGUAUUCGCAAGGUCGAAGACCCCGAGAAGUUCAAGGUUUCGUUCCAGGCCGUCGCCUCCGAGGUGCCUGGCUCGCCUAUCUUUGUUAUGAAGCUCGCCUCGGCUGCCCGCCACCUCGAGGUUCAGCUCAUGGCCGACCAGUACGGUAACGCCAUUUCCCUCUUUGGCCGUGACUGCUCGGUCCAGCGUCGCCACCAGAAGAUCAUUGAGGAGGCCCCCGUCACCAUCGCCAAGCCCGACACGUUCGAGGAGAUGGAGAAGGCGGCCGUCCGUCUCGCCAAGCUCGUCGGCUACGUGUCGGCUGGUACCGUCGAGUACCUGUUCUCGCACGAGGACAACAAGUUCUACUUCCUCGAGCUCAACCCCCGUCUCCAGGUCGAGCACCCCACGACUGAGAUGGUUUCGGGAUGCAACAUUCCCGCCAUCCAGCUCCAGGUUGCCAUGGGUAUCCCCCUCCACCGCAUCCGCGACAUCCGUACCCUCUACGGCAUGGACCCCCACGGCGUCACCGAGAUUGACUUUGACGGCACCAAGCCCGAGUCUGCGCACACCCAGCGCAAGCCCAAGCCCAAGGGUCACGUUAUUGCGUGCCGUAUCACCGGUGAGAACCCCGACGCCGGCUUCAAGCCCUCGUCCGGUGCUCUUACUGAGCUCAACUUCCGCUCCAACUCGAACGUCUGGGGUUACUUCUCGGUCUCUGCUGCCGGUGGUCUCCACGAGUUCGCCGACUCUCAGUUCGGCCACAUCUUCGCCUACGGCAUGGAGCGUAGCGAGGCCCGCAAGUCGAUGGUCGUCGCUCUCAAGGAACUCUCGAUUCGUGGUGAAUUCCGCACCACCGUCGAGUACCUCAUCAAGCUGCUCGAGAAGCCCGAGUUUGAGGACAACACUCUCACCACCCAGUGGCUCGACGGCCUUAUCGCCGAGGGCAUGACCUCGGAGCGCCCCGACACCACCAUCGCUGUUGUCUGCGGUGCCGUUGUCAAGGCCCAGGUCGCCUACGAGGCCUGUGUCACCAAGUACAAGUCGAUCCUUGACCGCGGUCAGAUCCCUUCCAAGGAUGUCCUUCAGACCUUCUUCAAGACCGAGUUCAUCUACGACGGUGUUCGCUACUCGUUCGCCAUGGCCAAGUCGGCUCCCCUCCAGUUCACUCUCUUCUUGAACGGUGGCCGUAUCUACGUCGGUGUCCGUCCCCUCUCGGACGGUGGUCUCCUCAUCUCGCUUGAGGGUGCCUCGCACACUGUCUACUACCGCGAGGAGGUUGGCGCCAUGGUCCUCUCAGUCGACUCCAAGACCUGCAUGAUCGAGGACGAGCGUGACCCCACUCAGCUCCGCUCCCCCUCGCCCGGUAAGCUUGUCCGCUACCUCAUCGAGUCGGGCGAGCACGUCGACUCUGGCGACGCCUACGCCGAGAUUGAGGUCAUGAAGAUGAUCAUGCCCGUCACUGCCACCGAGUCUGGUAUCGUCCAGUUCAUGAAGCAGCCCGGCCAGCAGCUCGCCCAGGGUGAGCUCCUCGGUAUCCUCACCCUCGACGACCCCACCAAGGUCAAGUUUGCCAAGCCCUUCGAGGGCCUCCUCCCCACCUUUGAGCUCAAGAACGGCCGCUACGGCACCAAGCCUCACCAGCUCCUCCGCGAGCACCUCGAGAUUCUCUACGACAACCUCGCUGGUUACGACAACAGCGCUCAGGUCCUCCCCUCGCUCCGCCUGGUCACCUCCCAGCUCCGCGACGCCGACCUCCCUUACGCCAACGCCCAGGACGUCCUCUCCACGCUUUCGGGCCGUAUCCCCCAGAAGCUCGAGGAUGAGGUCCGUAGCAUCAUUGACACCUGCCGCACCUCGCAGCUCGAGUUCCCCUCGACCAAGCUCAAGCGUGUCAUUUCGAACUUUAUCGAGGAGCACGUCGACUACAAGGAGCGCCAGGCCGUUACCAACGCCAUUGCUCCCCUCGAGGUCCUCAUCGACGCCUUCACCUACGGCCUCAAGGUCCACGAGUGGCAGAUUUACGCCGACCUCCUCAACUACUUCUCCGAGAUUGAGGAGCCCUUCACCGACACGACCCACACUCAGGAGGAGAUCGUGCUCAAGCUCCGUGAGGACAACAAGGACCUCGACGCCGUUGUCAAGCUCGUGCUCUCGCACAGCAAGGCCGCGUCCAAGGCCAAGCUCAUCUUUGCCGUCCUUGACCUCGUCAAGGCCGAGUCGCCCAAGUCGUCCAUGACCACCGAGUCUGGCGUUCACAAGGCCCUUGGUCGCAUGGCCGAGCUCGAGGGCCGCCCCACUUCCAAGGUCGCCCUCAAGGCCAAGGAGGUCCUCAUUGUGGGCUCGCUCCCCACCUACGAGGAGCGUUACGGCCAGCUUGAGAAGAUCCUCAAGGCUUCGGUCACCACCUCGUACUACGGUGACUCGGGCAGCGGCCACCGCCUGCCCUCGAGCGACCUCCUCAAGGAGGUUACCGACUCGCGCUACACCGUCUUCGACGUUCUCUCGACCUUCUUCGAGCACCCCGACCCUUGGGUCGUCCUUGCCGCCCUUGAGGUCUACAUUCGCCGUGCUUACCGCGUCUACAACGUCCUUGCCCUCGACUACGAGCCCGUCGGCCCCAACAGCGAGGCCAACAUUGUCACCUGGCGCUUCAAGAUGGGUGGCCCCGGCCACGACGCCUCGACCCCCCGUGUCGACUCGUCGCGCGACAUUACUCGCAUUGCCUCAGUCAGCGACCUGAACUACAUUGUUCACGUCAAGCAGGAGCCCCUCCGCUUCGGUCUCAUGACCUCGUACUCGUCGCUCGAGCCCCUCAAGGCUGGCUUCCCCGGCCUCCUGUCGCGUUACCCCGUCUUUGACCACGACGAGUUUGUCGAGAAGUACGGCCACAGCGCCCGUCACCCUCACGUCCUCAACGUCGCCCUCCGCCUCUUCGGCAAGGAGGACCAGGACAUGACCGACCAGGACCUCAACCUCGCCUUCACCGAGCUCACCAACAAGUACAAGGAGCAGGUCGUCGGUGUUGGUAUCCGUCGUAUUUCGUUCCUCAUCUGCCGCCCCGACUCGUACCCUUCGUACGUCACUCUCCGCGAGAGCGCCGACGGCUCGUGGCGCGAGGAGCAGGCUAUCCGCAACAUUGAGCCCGCCUUCGCCUACCAGCUCGAGCUCAGCCGCCUGUCCAACUUCAAGAUCUCCCCCUUGCGCUCGGGCAACCGCCAGAUCCACGUCUACCACGCUGUUGGCCGUGAGAACACUUCGGACGUUCGUUUCUUCGUCCGCGCUCUUCUCCGCCCUGGCCGCUUCGUCGGCCAGAUGAAGCAGACCGAGUACCUCAUCUCGGAGACUGACCGCCUCGUCGGUGACAUUCUCGACACCCUUGAGAUCUCCAUGUCCGAGUACCGCCAGGCCGACUGCAACCACAUCUCGGUCAACUGCGUCUACUCGCUCAACGUCACUUUCGAGGACGUCCAGGAGGCCCUUGCUGGCUUCAUUGAGCGCCACGGCAAGCGUCUCUGGCGCCUCCGUGUCACCCAGGCUGAGAUCCGCGUUGUCAUCGAGGACGACGAGGGCAACAUCCUCCCCAUCCGUGCGUUCAUCGAGAACGUUUCGGGCUUCGUCGUCAAGUACGAGGCGUACCAGGAGGUCGCCAACGAGAAGGGCAACAUGAUCCUCAAGUCGAUCGGCGACCAGGGCCAGUUCCACCUCCAGCCCGUCAACUUCCCCUACUCGACCAAGGAGUCGCUCCAGCCCCGUCGUUACCAGGCUCACGUCAUCGGCACCACCUACGUCUACGACUUCCCCGACCUCUUCCGUCAGGCCGUCGACAAGGUUUGGCACCAGGUCCAGCAGGCCCUCCCCAACGUCAAGGUCCCCUCGGACCUCCUCUCGGCCGCUGAGCUCGUUGUUGACGAGCACGGUGAGCUUGUCGAGGUUGCCCGUCCCCCGGGACUCAACACCUGCGGUAUGGUCGCGUGGGUCUACACCAUGAAGACCCCCGAGUACCCCAAGGGCCGUCGCAUUGUUGUCAUCUCCAACGACAUCACCUACCAGAUUGGUUCGUUCGGCCCCGCCGAGGACGAGUACUUCUACAAGGCUACCCAGUACGCUCGCAAGCACGGUCUCCCCCGUGUCUACUUGUCGGCCAACUCGGGUGCCCGUAUCGGUCUCGCCGACGAGGUCAUGGCUCUCUUUGACGUUGCCUGGCGCGAGGUCGGCAAGCCCGAGAAGGGCUUCGACUACCUCUACCUCACCCCUGCCAGCCUUGACAAGCUCAACGCCAUGGGCGAGGGCUCUGUCAUCACCGACGAGAUUGAGGUUGACGGCGAGCGCCGCCACAAGAUUACCGCCAUCAUCGGUCUCAAGGACGGCCUCGGUGUCGAGUGUCUCAAGGGUUCGGGUCUCAUUGCCGGUGAGACUUCGCGCGCCUACGACGACAUCUUCACCAUCUCUAUGGUCACCGCCCGUUCGGUCGGUAUUGGUGCCUACCUCGUCCGUCUCGGCCAGCGUGUCGUCCAGGUCGAGAGCCAGCCCAUCAUCCUCACUGGUGCCCAGGCCAUUAACAAGGUUCUCGGCAAGGAGGUCUACACCUCGAACAUCCAGCUUGGUGGUCCCCAGAUCAUGUACAAGAACGGUAUCUCGCACUUGACCGCCGGUUCGGACCUCGACGGUGCCCUGCAGAUCAUCAACUACCUGACCUACAUCCCCGCCAAGAAGGGCUCUGCCAUCCCCAUCCUCCCCACUGGCGACUCUUGGGACCGCAACGUCGACUGGAAGCCCACCAAGGGCCCUUACGACCCCCGCAACUUUAUCGCUGGUUGCGUCGAGGAGGUCGACGGUGUCGAGACCUUCCAGAACGGUGUUCUUGACCGUGGCUCGUGGUUCGAGACCAUGGGCGGUUGGGCGCAGACCAUUGUCACUGGUCGUGGUCGCCUCAACGGUAUCCCCGUUGCUGUCAUUGCUGCCGAGACCCGCACCAUUGAGCGUGUCGACCCCGCCGACCCUGCCAACGAGAACUCGACCGAGUCCAAGGUCGCUCUCGCCGGUACUGUCUGGUUCCCUGACAGCUCGCGCAAGACUGCCACUGCCAUUGAGGACGCCAACCGUGAGGGUCUCCCUCUCAUCCUGUUUGCCAACUUCCGUGGCUUCUCGGGUGGUAUGUCGGACAUGCUCCAGGCCAUCCUCAAGGAGGGUGCCAAGAUUGUCGACGGCCUCAGCAGCUACAAGCAGCCCAUCAUUGUCUACCUUGUCCCCAACGGUGAACUCCGUGGUGGUGCCUGGGUCGUGCUCGACCCCUCGAUCAACCCCGAGUACAUGUCGAUGAUGGUCGACAACGAGUCGCGCGGUGGUGUCCUCGAGCCCGAGGGUAUUGUCGAGGUCAAGUACCGCAAGCCCAGGAUCCAGGCCACCAUGGCCCGUCUCGACCCCGAGUACGCCCGCCUCAAGGCUGCCGUCGACGACCCCAAGGCCACCGCCGAGCAGAAGAAGGAGGCUACCGUCGCCCUCGAGGCGCGCGAGAAGCACCUCGGCCCCUCGUUCCACCAGGUCGCCGUCGAGUUUGCCGACCUCCACGACCGCUCGGGCCGCAUGGCCGCCAAGGCCGACUGCAAGCCCGUCGACUGGGUCAACUCGCGUCGUACCAUCUACUGGUCGCUGCGCCGCAAGCUGUCCGAGGUUCGCAUCAUGAAGAAGCUCUCGGCCGCCAACCCCAACCUCACCUACCCCGAGCGCAAGGAGAUGUUCGAGCAGCUUGUCCCCACCGAGCUCACCGACGACGCCGAGGUCGCUGCCUUCCUCGAGAAGUCGGGCGACGCCGUCGAGGACUUUGUCCAGCAGGUCCGCGACGCGUACUGCUCGGACAAUGUCGUCGCCUGGGCCUCGACCAACCAGCGUGGUGUCAUGGAGGGCUUCCAGCGUAUCCUCGAGUCGCUCUCGCCCCAGGACCGCUCCGUCCUCCUUGCCCAGCUCCAGCAGUAA